AUGGAAUGGUUGGCAGGCCAUCUGGAGGAGCAGAGAUGCAGAGCUGCCCCAAGUGAGAUGCCAUUCCCAGGUGGAGUUUGGAGGGUUGGUGACCCCUAUCAAGAACUACACCAGGUUGUGCUCGCCUACCGGACGAAGCAGCCACCAUCUGAUUCCCAGAGCGAUUUCCGGCCAGCGUCCACACAAACGGCCGCCUUCUACCAGCCAGUGUGUUUUCAUUCACUCUGGGACCAAACUCCUGCGCCACCAUAUGCUUUCCAUAUCUUGGCGGUUGUCCAUCCAGUUCAUCCUUCCUCGAACAAUUCCUAUUCACAUGACCAAUCACUCCGCAAAGAAAACAGAAUUGGGGAAGAGACUCAAACUUCACCUUGGCUUUGA